AUGGCACGGAUAAGUUUGAGGCAUGGCCUCGACCGUGAUGUAUACCAGAUUGUAAAGAAGCUGGAGGACGAACGACAGAAUGACUACGCCAAGAAAGGCGAUGGGAAGAGGAAACCGGCAAAAUUGACAGUGACGGCCAUAUACGAAAGCAUCAAGAAAUCCAACAGCAGUCUGAGCCGGCAAAAAAGAAAACCGCUGGAGGACGCCAUUGAAAGGGUACUAGACUUUAGGAAAGAGGAGGCGGCGGAAGCAGAGGACAGUGAUGACCUUCUGGAAGCUGCGGAAGAGGCUGAGAAGGCUUUCAAACAGGAGGACCGCUUCUUGCUGAAUAGGCAAAUGACGAAGCACUGGAAUGUCACCCCUGCAGUUACGGCUCAAGGAUUAGAGGGUAAGAGCACCAAGAAACGUCGUCUCUCCCCAGAGCCCGAAUCCGCCAACGGCGCUGCUAGCGAUGCCUCAGCGAUUGUUUCUACGUCCAAAUCCGUCAAAACCAACGGGACUGCCGCAACGGAAACGACGGUAACUAAGAAGGCGAUGAAGCCCAGCAAAUAUGGGCCUGAACAGAUCCCUCCUGGUUCCGUCGUGUUGGGCGGCGUACGUGGUAUAAUGGACGAGCUGAGCCGCUACGUUUUUGCGCGAGCGAGAAAACCUGAAGAUUUCUACCCUUUUGGCGAGCAGCCUAUCGGUAUCAUCAUCUCCGGGCCCCCUGGUACGGGAAAGCAGUCUUUGGUGCGCUCGCUUUCUUGGAGGACGAAGACUCCUGUCAUCUCUCUUGGUCGGUACCUGGCUGAGACUAGGUCCCCUGAGAAGGUCAGUAAAAUUGUAACAGAUGUGCUGGACGAGGCGAAGAAGGUCGCGCCAUGCAUCGUCCUGAUCGAACACCUCGAUGAGUAUAUGACCAAGUCCGGCAACAGCCACAGUGAGUUCGACCACGAGGUCAUCACGCAACUGAAGCUGAAUAUUCGGCGUCUACGAGAAUGGGAGGAAGGAGGUCAACGUGUGGUGGUCGUGGGCACAACAAGCAAGCUAGAGUUGAUCGACGCUACACUGAGAAGACCGGAUUACUUCGCUCAGACCAUCACAGUGAAGGUCCCAGAUACCGAUGCCCGAGAGGAGAUUUUCAGGGCGGUUACUAAAGACCUCGAGAUACCCCCUGAAGUGGACCUAAAGACUUUAGCUGUCCGCACUCACGGCUUCGUGGGCGACGACAUCCGCGCUGUAGUCCAGGUCGCCAACCGUAAGGCUAGUGACCGUUUCAUGGACAUGGAAUACGCAAGGGCCAGGAACACACUGCAAUCAGAUAAGAUGGAGACGACGGACAACCCUUGGGACCGCGACGCUGAGGACGUCUGCCUAUGGUAUGACUACAUUGAGCACCCUUCAUACACGAAUCCAACGCGUGUGCACGUUAGUCAUCAAGACUUCGUUGACGCCAUCGCCGAGCACACCCCCUACAUGCGCCGUGAAGGCUUCUCCUCAAUCCCGAGCACAACCUGGUCCGAGGUCGGUGCCCUGCACUCUGUCCGCGCCGCCUUCCAGGUGUCCAUUGUCCGUCGUAUCAAGGAGCCCCUCCUCUUCCAAAAGUUCGGCAAGCAGCGCCCCGCCGGUGUCCUCCUCUUUGGCCCCCCUGGUUGCGGAAAGACGCUCGUCGCAAAGGCUGUCGCCAACGAUGCGCAGGCCAGUUUUAUUCUUAUCAAGGGCCCCGAACUGCUUAACAAGUACGUGGGAGAGUCAGAGCGCGCCAUCCGCGAGCUAUUCACCCGCGCUAAGUCCUGCGCGCCCUGUAUUCUCUUCUUUGAUGAAAUGGAUUCCCUGGUGCCCAAGCGAGAGAACACCACCACCGAGGCCGGUGCCCGUGUUGUCAACGCACUUCUUGCGGAGCUCGACGGCGCUGGAGACCGAGGCGAGGUUUAUGUCAUCGGCACCAGUAACCGCCCGGACAUGAUUGAUCCUGCUGUUCUCCGACCCGGACGUCUAGACAAGCUUCUCUUUGUCGACCUACCCACCGAGGACGAGCGCGUGGACAUUCUCCGCACCAUUGUGCGUAACGGCCUCGGGGGAACGGAAGGCGACGAGAUUGAGAGCAUCGCGCGGGACGCCCGGUGCGCGGGAUUCAGCGGUGCCGAUUUAUACGGGUUAUACAAGAAUGCGCUUGACGAGUGCGUGUUGCGUUAUGAGGGCGGAGAGCCGUCGCUCACACGCCAGGAUUGGGAUAUUGCCUUGCGCAAGACGAAGCCUAGCGUGCCGAACCCGGAGACGUAUAGGAAGCUGGCGGCCAAAUUGCAUCACCAGACUUAG